UGAAAGAGCACAAGGUGGCAAGUUACAUAUAAAACUUGAAUUGGCUAUCAGCUUGAGUGCUUCCAGACUCCUAGUGGCUCUGAACAGACUUGAGGUUGUGUAACCUUUAGCAAGGUCCCAGUUCCAAGAACCCGACUGUAGUCGGGUUCGUUCUCCUCUCACAAUCAAGACUUCCGGGUUCGAAUCCCAGGCUGGACAGCCAAGACUCAGAUGUCGAAUUCCAGGAUUGGUUGGGUGCACUGCUUAUCACCUAAUGCCCCUGUCCACCUAGCAGUAAAUAGAGCAUUCUCGCGUCUCAAGACCACACUGCCCUGGGUUCCGGCAGACACGAAGCUCUCCAAGCUGGACACUCUACGGCUCGCGACCUCCUAUAUUGGUCACCUGAGAGCUAUCCUGCAGGAGGAAGGAGAGGUCAGGACACAGACCCAUCCUCUAUCACUGACGUGGCCAUUCAGUUUCCCGAGAUCAGAGACGUCUGGAGCCUCCUCGGAGCACUGCGACACCUACGCCCAUAUAGAGUCAACGCCCACCACCCAUGGCCACACCCAUUGCCACACCCACUCUCAGCCACAGGUGGACAGAUACUUCAGCGACGACUUGCCCGAUUACGACUACUACCCGUCAGAGCUGCUUCAUAUUGCUUGACAUCUGAACCUGUCAACUCCACAUCUGCUAACUCCACACCUGUCAAGACUACGCGUAUAUCAAGACCAGGCCUGUUAACACCACAUAGGUCAAUGCCACAAAUUUGUCAAGAAAGCGAUUGUCAACACCUUACAAUUGUCAAGAACACGGAGUUGUCAAGGUCACAUAUACCACUCUAGACAACGCAUCUGUCAAGAUCACACCCAUUUAAAUCACUUGCCUGCCAAGACCAUUCACCUGCCAAGACCACUCACCUGCCAAGACCACGCGUGUAUUAGCAGCAGCCUUUUGACACAGACACACAUUAGGCCACCUGCCAGUUAAGGCCACACAUCUACACAGAGCUGAACCUGACGACACCUGACACACGCCAAGACCUUAUUUAUUUAGUCUAUUCUGAUGAUGAUCACCUUUGACAUGACCUACAACUGCCGCGGUAUAGUCCGGUCAAGCGCCCAUACACAACCUGGGCUGUCAAGUGCCCAUACACAACCUGGGCUGUCAAGCGCCCAUACACAACCUGGGCGGAUUCCAGAUCAAUUUGACCAAAGUAUUCUGGAAGGCUUCUUGUCUGCUUGCGACUCCAGAGGACUCGAAACACACAUCGAACUCCCUCAUUAAAACUGACUUCAGCCGCUGCUCCCGAAGCUAAACAGCUCCUGAUCUACCGUGUUAUGUAAACUGUAUAGUCUAAAGUGCUUUACGUGGGGUGAAUAUCAGUGCUUUACGUGGGGUGAAUAUCGGUGCUUUAC